AUGGUGAACACCUCGAAUUUCCUGACAAGGACACAACUCAGGAAAUUAUUCAUCUUGCUCGGCUCCAGUCUCUGUCUCUACCUGCUGCUAUUACUUCAUACGACUUACCACCCAUUCAACUCCCUUUCCGAGCCGCAAACGAAGACACAGCACGAUAUCUCCAGCGGGCCCUCGAACGAAAGCCCACCCUCCUCUCCUCCAAGCUCCAGCCCGAUCGCAAUCCCUCCUCAAAAACCUCGCCCGAAGAGUCCCUAUUGCGUCGCUGCGUUUCUUGGGGCAGAUUAUCAUGGUGAGGACGGCGACAAUGAUGAUGCGGACUGGUAUUAUGUGGGAGCUCGGACCCUUGUAUACCAACUCCUCCACUCGCCCACCACCAGAUUCACGGAUCCUGUCAAAACAGAGCCGAUUCCGGUGAUAAUUAUGGUAACAAAAGAUGUUAGCGAAAGCAAGCGGAGGAGGCUUGAAAUAGACGGAGCCACUGUCGUCGAAAUUGAAGAAGUGACAGCGGACUUUGCGAUCGGUGAGCCCCGCUAUGCGCAGGUGCUCACUAAAUUGCGGGUAUUUGAUCCCGAACUCAUGCCAUAUGAAAAGGUGUUCCUGAUGGACACGGAUAUGGUGCUGACGCGGCCAAUCGAUGCUAUUUUUCAGGAUGAGAGUACUCGGCUCAGUCCUGUUGACCGUAAUUAUACAGGCCCUGAUGCUGAAAUUGCUCCUCUGCCUGAAACUUUCAUGUUCGCCGCGACGCCAGAAUCCCUCGAUAGAGACCAUGCCUAUCCGUUCUUGGAUUUGGAACGCAAACAACAUUAUUUUAAUGUCGGCUGCAUGUUGUUCUCGCCAUCCAAGGAGAUUUACAACUUCUACCUCUCGAUUUUGGACCACCCUGACAUGUUUGGACAUGGUUGGCCUGAGCAAGAUCUUCUAAAUUACAUUCAUCGAUUAGAAGGACCCAUGCCAUGGAGCAGAUUACAUUUCUCAUGGUAUCUGAACUGGCCGAAUAUUAAUGACAUUGACGGACAGAUGGCUAUCAUUCAUGAAAAAUAUUGGGAACAGACACUGAAUUUGGCGGGAAGGAUUGCGCUCAGCCGUGUUUGGGAAAUGCAAGGAUAUUGGAUCGGAAAAGAAGGGGCAUGA